UACUUUUCAGAUACGAAAUGGUUUAUGAAGCGCUAAAUUGAGCAUGAUGCGCAACUGUCAGAGCGGCCGAUGAAUCAGGAGUCGCGGUCGUCUGCGAUGAUUGCGGUAAGAAGAGCGUCAAAGUGCGCUUUUCAAAGUCGUCGCGACGUCUGAAACGCGGAGGAACGAAACUUUGACGUGUUAAACAGUUAAAUUUUGGUUUAUUCACUUGUUGCAACCGUGAGGUGAUUAGUUAUGUGAAUGUGUUUUUGGCAGUUAUAGAGAUGGUUGGCAACAAGAAACUGCACAGAUUCCCGAAAAUGGAGUUUGGCUAAAGCAUUGUCUGCGCCUCAUUAUCUUCACUAUCUGGGCCUGAGCUUCAUUUGAAGAUGAACGAAUCGACGCCCCUUAGAACAAAUACCACUUACGACUAUCAAACCAGAGAGCUGAAUGUGUCCUAUGUGGUGUGUGAAAUUGUGGUCGCUAUAUUGGCUGUAGCUGGAAAUGCCCUUGUCAUCUAUGUUUUCACCAAGGAGAAGAAGCUGAGACGGCGGACGAAUUACUACAUUGUUUCUUUAGCUACUGCCGAUUUCCUCGUUGGACUGUUAGGAAUUCCUUUUGCCAUCAUGUCCUCCGUUGGACUGCCGAAUAAUCUACACGCGUGUUUGUUCACUGUGUCCUUACUGGUGGUACUUUGCACGAUUUCCAUUUUUUGCCUGGUUGCUGUCUCAGUAGAUCGAUAUUGGGCAAUACUACAUCCAAUGGGAUACUCUAGGAAUGUCCGUACAAAGACUGCUUUAGUAAUUAUUAGUAUUUGCUGGUUCGCCGGUUCACUAGUGGGAUUUCUUCCCUUGAUUGGAUGGCACCAAGACCGGCAAGGCAGCGUGGACUGUUUUUUUCUGACCGUAAUGGACUACAACUACCUGGUGUUCUUGUAUUUUGGCACAAUAAUAACGCCGGCGGUUCUUCUAGCUGCUUUCUACGCCCACAUCUACCGAGUAGUUCUGAAGCAGUUGCGACGGAUUGUCAUCAUGAAUCCGGACAAAACUGGCAACAGCAAAUGCAAGAACUUGUCCUCGGGCGGCAUGAUAAGGAUGCUGGGGGUCCAACAGAGGAAUGAAGUGAAAUCAACGCAGAACUUGGCCAUCAUCGUUUUGUUCUUCAUGAUUUGUUGGAUCCCCUUGUACACCAUCAACUGCAUCAUCGCCUUUUACGAGGACUUCCACGUGAAUUCCACCUUUAUGUUGUCGUGCAUUAUACUGUCGCAUUUGAAUUCGGCAGGAAAUCCACUGUUGUACGCGUACCAUUUGAAAGACUUUCGCGCAGCACUAAAAAACUUUUUCUGUAACCUGCUGGGCAUCCAGCAGGAGUGUUGUGAACCGUAUCCUGCCCGGUACGCGUCGGCCAAUUACAGUCACUUCAAACUACAGUUGCGGGAUUCCUCAAGAGCUGCCCUUGAGUAUCCGAAGAAAGUAACCUAUCCGAAAGUGAGUGUAAUAGUGCAAAACUCGGCGGUCCUUGCAACGGCUGCAACCGGGAAACUUGACAAAACCAUCUGGAAUAUUGCUGAGGAUUCUGGAAGAGAUUCGGGAUCGUCGCAAGAUUCCUUAAAGGAUAUCGAUUCCAAACAUCUCGAUACAGUUUUAAUGCUGCGUCCGGCAACACCAUUUCGGUCGAAUCGAUUAAAGGAAGUCCAUGAAGCUUACGAAGAUUCGCAAGGUUCCUACGUAAACGCCUGUCUUUCCUACUACAAAAACAUCGAAGAGACUUGUUUAAGUGACUCCAUCAAAUCCCGUUCGGCCAGCAACAAUUUGAACUCUUACUCAAAAUCAUCGCCUCAAUUAGCCAGAGAAUUGUUUCUAGUCGAAAACAUGUCAAAGACCCAAAACGCGGAUAAUAGAAAACCGAACUAUUUGCGUUCAGGUCAAUCUCCUAAGCGCAGUCACAAGUUGAGCCCUUAUAAAAUCGUCAGCAGUUUGUUUAGGAACAAAAAGAGACUGAACCGCAGUUUGAGCGAGUCAGAUUCCCUGAAGAAGCUUAACGGGGUUGCAGCCGAUUACUAUUCCGAGCCUACGUAAAACAUUGUGUUGUAUGCUUAUAUAACUUGUCCUGAAUAAAUAAGUUCUACAGUGUAAAUGUAUUCAUUUACUUAGCAUUUAAGUGACAAUCGAUGCUUUGAAAUAAACGGAAUUUGUGCUGUUA